AUGACUAGUAGGUUAUUACCAGCAAUAGUCCAAGAAGUAUUGGAUAAUUUAAGAAAAGAUUAUGAACAACGAUCUUGUAUUGAAGAAUUAUUAUUAAGCUUGAACUCAGUUUUUGGUUCAACACUGACGGAACAUGCUCUUGAACUGAUUGAUGAUGGUAGUGUAUUUUUAAUUUUAAGUCAUCAGCGAAGUAUAUUUCAAAUAGUUGGCUCAAGAGGUGAUAUUUAUACAAUAAUGGAAACAGCUAAUUUUUGCACUUGUAAUUUUUUCAAACAUCAAGUGUUGAAAGAUAAAGCAUUAUGUUGCAAACAUUUUUUAGCUGCUAAAGUAGCAUUAAUUUUGGGAAGUUUCAAAACCAAAAAUGAGACACCUGAAGGUAUAACUUCAAUUAUGAUUUCUGCAUAUGGUAAUCAAGAAUCUUAAUGAACAAGUGUAUUAUUUAAAUCUUAUGAUAUAUGUAUUUUAUGGAAUUGAAUAAAUUGUAUUAUAUAAUAUUAAAAGAAAAUGAGACACCUGAAGGUAUAACUUCAAUUAUGAUUUCUGCAUAUGGUAAUCAAGAAUCUUAAUGAACAAGUGUAUUAUUUAAAUUUUAUGAUAUAUGUAUUUUAUGGAAUUGAAUAAAUUGUUUUAUAUAAUAUUAAAAUAAAAUGGAAAAAUUAACGUCUAA